AUGGAUCCCGACAGGACUGGAGGCGGAGGAACACGGAGGAACAUGUUCCUCUGGCGGAUUUUACUGCUUUUCUCCCAGGGAUUCUUGUUGCUGAGAGUCCACGGGGAACUCCCUUUUAUCUCUGAGAACAACGCUGCCAUGCUAGUCAACUGGAUCACCACGACAGCGGCGUGCAUGAUGGAUCUGAGGAGGUAUCCCCUGGAUGAGCAGAACUGUACGCUGGAGAUAGAAAGCUAUGGCUACACCACAGACGACAUCGAGUUCUACUGGAAGGGCGGAGAGACGGCUGUGACGGGGGUGACGCGGAUCGAGCUGCCUCAGUUUUCCAUCGUCGACUACAAGCUGGUCUCCAGAAACGUCGUCUUCUCCACAGGUGCCUACCCGCGGCUGUCUCUGAGCUUCAAGCUGAAGAGGAACAUCGGCUACUUCAUCCUGCAGACGUACAUGCCGUCCAUCCUGAUCACCAUCCUCUCCUGGGUCUCCUUCUGGAUCAACUACGACGCCUCGGCUGCCAGGGUGGCUCUGGGGAUCACUACGGUGCUAACAAUGACCACCAUCAACACCCACCUGAGAGAGACACUGCCCAAGAUCCCUUACGUCAAGGCUAUCGACAUGUAUCUGAUGGGCUGCUUUGUUAUGGUCUUCCUCGCUCUGUUGGAGUAUGCCUUCGUCAACUACAUCUUCUUCGGAAGAGGCCCUCAGAUGCAAAAGAAGCUGGCGGAGAAGGCUGAGAAGGCCAACAAUGAGAGGGCAGCCAAAUACGACUCUGCAAGAGAGGCAGGUAGUAGGACCGCGUCCCUUAAACGGUCCAAUCAGGUUAAAGGUCUUCGUCACUCACGCUCGGCGGAAACCCACGGCCACGGGAACGUCCUGCUGACCACCCUGGAGAUCCACAACGAGGUGGCAGGGAACGAGAUCACCACCAGUGUGGCGGACAUUAGGAACUCUCAGUCCAUGGUGCAGCUGGACAGCACCGCCUCGUCCAACAUCCAGUACCGCAAGCAGAGCGGCGGCGUGGGCUCGCGCUCCGCUAGCCGCCAGUCCCUGGAGAGGUCAGCCCAGAUGAAGCGGAGCCGCCUGCGGAGGCGGUCGUCGCAGCUGAAAAUCAAGAUCCCGGACCUAACGGAUGUGAACGCCAUCGACCGCUGGUCUCGCAUCAUCUUCCCUUCUGUCUUCUCGCUGUUCAACCUUGUGUACUGGCUCUACUAUGUCUGA